UAUAAGUCUAAGCAAACCCAUUGGUUUAAAGAAAGCCGCUGCCCUUUGUUCCAUCCGCCCUUGGUCUUCACCGGCGCGGAGCUCUGCGGUGCGGAAGCACCUUCUACGUGGUGCUGCCGGGCGCCGAGCUGCAGCUCUUGGACUCGCUCUACGCCACCGACUUCGCGCGGCAGCUCGCACGCGAGCGGAACAGCAGCGGGCUGGAGCUUCAGACCACCGACGGCCGCACGGAGUACUUGUUGGCCAAGACCGCCAAGGAGACCACCCGGUGGAUGGACUUUUUGACCUCCCGCAGCCAACAAUGGGACGCCGGCUUCGUCUCGCACUACUUGGGCUGGGGCUUCAUCAGCUCCUGUUGGAGACGCCUUUUGUGCGUCCUCGACCGCCCCAAUCGGCGGCUUUUGGGCUUCUCCCAGGUGCGGAACUACGCUGAAGGCCUCAAACCCGACUACUGCUGGGAGCUUCCCUCCAAUGCCAACGUUUAUGCCUUUGAUGCAGAGAAGAGUUCAGCAGCGGCCAAAGGACUCUUGUCCGUGGCGCCCAGCGGCUUUGAAAUCGAGCUGUCGGAUGAGCAGCGUUUGCAGUUCUCUUGCGACUCAGUACAACAUCUACAUCGCUGGCUCGAGGAGCUGCGGAAGUGCUUGCAACCGCCGAUUCUCACCGACUUCCUCAGCGAGUCCAACGACCCGGUCAGGCCACGCAGGAUGACUGGCGCGAUGACGGGCACCGCUGCACCACUGAGGGAGGCGGAGCUCUUCGACUUAUUUGCCGAGCAGUCGCCGAGCAAGCCAAGCACCGCCAAGAACCUGUCCUUUUCAGUGGUUGAAGCGGGGCCCAGUUUACCCAGCACUCCCAGUGGGCACCGGCCGGAACAGCUGCGGAAGCGGUUGAUGCUCUCGGUGGGUGCCGUCGAAGGGGAGCCCGACACCCCGCGGGAGAAGUCCGUGGAACGCGCCAACUCCGAUGAUGAGGUGCCUCCAAGGGCGGCUUUGGUGGCCACCAGCAGCUUUUGCGCCCUAGGUGAUUUGACCAAGCCCGAGCAGGUGCCCGAUGCUUUGUCGCAGCUACACCAACUGGAGGUGGAGUUGCAGGGCGUGGUCGAGACCUGGUCGCGGACCUUGUUGGCCACCGAGGCCGAUGGCCGUGCCUUACUGCGGUCCUUUGGUCUCAAUGCGCAGCCGGAGACGCUGCACGACGCCUCACAGCAGCUCCUACAGGCCUUGAGCACGUUUCAGCAGCAGCUUCGCGUGGCUUGGGCAGAAGUGGAGCAACACCGUGCCGGACGUCCUUGUGCAAGUCCCCGCAAGCCACUGGGGCACGCUGUGCGGGCGGACGCCGAAGCCAAGCCGGAGGCCGCCGCCCUCGCGGAGCACGACGCGUCGUGCGGCGGAAGCGCUUCCGCCUCCAGCGAUGCCACCGUGAGCGACGCCGAGGAAUGCGCCAGCUUUGUGAGUGCCCAGGGCGACGGAACCAGCGAUGCGCACGCUGGUGAGGUCGCUCUGGGUGAGGCAAGAUGAGGAGGUUUAGGUGAAGAGUGGGUGAGGGGGUUCUUUUUGUCCCAAGGACAUCCUGUCCAGAAAGAAUUUAGCAAUUUGUUUCAGAACGCUUUCCAUCUAAAAAUCUCUGGAUGCAACAAAGAAACUAAUGCUGCUAUCGAUAAGAAGAGACUUGGC